UCUUCACCAUCCAUGCAUGGAUGCUGGAAAGACUGAUCCCUUGCAAGGCCAGGCAAGAGUUAGGCAGCCUAACCCUAAAUCCUGAGACUGCCUCACAUGUCCCCAGUGUUCUGGAAUAAACCCAGUGUUCAAACAAGCCUCCAAGAUGGGGCCAGAACAGGGCCCCUUUUCCUGUCUGCCAUCUGGGCAGAUCUCUCGGCUUUCCAUCCAUUCUGUGUGGAUUGGCAGUUUCCAAUGGGUGUGAGUCUGAGUUCCUCUUCUGUGAACCACCCAGCUGUCUUGCUCCACCCCGGUUUCUGCACUUCCCCACCACACUGCUCCCUUCUCUGCUCACACACAGGAGCCAGGACCUCCAGCUCUGAGAUGCUGCUGCUGCCCCUGCUGCUGCUGUGGGCACAGGGGACAGGGAAUUGGGGGCUACCAAGAGUUGAGCAUCCUUUACCCAAAGGGUGCCCACCCAAGAGUUUGAAUCACAGGCUGGAAGUGCCAAAAUCGGUAACUGUACAGGAGGGCCAGUGUGUCCUUGUCCCCUGCAUGAUCCUGGACUCUCGCGUGAACUCCAGCACUGUCUCUGGCUACUGGUUUCGAGAAGGGGCCAAUAUAAAUCACCACUUUCCGGUGGCCACAAACCACCCCCAAAGACAAGUGCAGGAGAGGACUCGGGACCGGUUCCACCUCCUUCUGGAUCUGCAGACCAAGAACUGCUCCCUGCACAUCAGAGAUGCACAGAAGCGUGACAAGGGUACAUACUUCUUUCGGGUGGAAUCAGGAAGUAUACAAUGGAAUUACUGUGCAGACCAGGUCUCUGUGGAAGUGACAGCCCUGACCCACACUCCUGACAUCCUCAUGCCCAGCACCCUGGCGCCCUGCCGCCCCAGCAACUUGACCUGCUCAGUGCCGUGGGCCUGUGAGCAGGGGACGCCCCCAGUCUUCUACUGGACAUCAGCUGUCCUCACAUCCCAAGGCCCCAGGACCCGCCAUUCCUCUGUGCUCACACUGAGCCCCCGGCCCCAGGACCAUGGCACCAACCUCACCUGUCACGUGAUGUUCCCUGCAGCUGGUGUGACUGUGGAACAGACUGUGCAGCUCAAUGUCACAGGGGAAUCCAGCCUCCUCCACUUUCAUGCAGGGAAAUCAAAGCCCAUGGCAGAGUUGGUGCUGCUGGCCGUCAUGGAGGGGGCUGUCAAGAUCCUGCUUCUUGGACUCUGUCUCAUCAUCCUUAGAGUAAAGGUCCACAGAAAGAAGGUGAAAGAUCCAGCAGCAGACAUGGACAGUAUCACAGAUUAGGCUUUUGGGUAGAAUCAGGAAGUGUACAAUGGAAUUACUGUGCAGACCAGGUCUCCGUGGAGGUGACAGGUAAGGACUGGGUGGGACACACCAGUUUUGGUGGCCUAAGGAGGUGGCUGGGGUGGACGCUGUCUUGGGAAGAUUUGGGGCUCAAGUAUUAGGACCUCACUAGGAACUCGGUCGGGGUCUGAGCUUCUGUCAGAGCUGCACUUGGGCCUGGCCUCCCAUCUCACUGUCUUCUCUCCUCACCAGCCCUGACCCACACCCCUGAAGUCCUCAUACCCCAGACCCUGAUGCCCGGCCGCCCCAGCAACGUGACCUGCUCUGUGCCCUGAGCCUGUUAGCAUGGGACGCCCCCCAUCUUCUCCUGGACGUCAGCUGCCCUCACCUCCCUGGGCCCCAGGACCACCCACUCCUCUGUGCUCACCCUGAACCCUCGACCCCAGGACCACGGCACCAACCUCACCUGUCAGGUGAUGUUCCCUGCAGCUGGCAUGACUGUGGAGAGGACCGUGCAGCUCAACCUCACUGGUGUGUGCUGUGCCUGAUGCCUUGGGCCCUGAGGGUGUGAAGGACAGGACAGGGCCUGGGGAGUCCUCUGGCUCUGAGCUGGAACUUGGCCCAGGCAGGACCUACAAUGACACGUCUGUCCCUCUGUAGGCUUUCAGGGGUGGGAGUCAGGAGUGCUGCCUGAUCUCAUCCCUCAGCCCAACUCAAGAGAAAUAUAAACCUCUUUUUCUUCCAGAUGCUGUAAGGAAGUUUCUAGUCUGUGUGUGCACAAGACCUGGCCCAGGCAGAGAGAAACCUCCCUCGGGCUGGGGGAAGGGUCUCUUCAGCUUAUGCAGGGCUGGGUCCUUCCUCAUCCUGGACUCAUCCCGGUGACAGAGAUCCCUGUGGCAACGCCAGUGACUCUUCCCCAUGCACAGCACCUAUGGCCAUGUUGAGCCCUUCUCCUUAGCCACCCUUCAUUCCCUCAGACACACAGAGAGGGAAAACUUCACAGAGCAGAACCAGACUGUCCAUGUCCUUUGCACCCAUCACCUGGAUGCACCUAUUACAUCAGUCUAAGCACUUGUGCAAGGAAACAGAGCCACACAAGCAAACAAUCAGUACACACAACAGUCUGUCUUCAGAGCUCAGUCCCCUCCUAGGGGUAACCCUGACCACACAUGCUGUGCUCAGCCUUGGUCUGGCCCCCCGAGGUCAAAUAGGUCACAGGGUGUCAGUCGAACAGGUGGUCCUGGUGCUCCCUAACUGUGGUGUGCACUGCAUGAGGACCCUAAUGUCGUGGGCGUCUACUCCCAGUGGAUGGUCAGGGCACUCCUUUCAUUGCGCCAACAGAAAAAAGUUUGAUGAGCACUUUUGUUAUCCAUUUGCGCAGUGCAUGUGUGCCAAGGAGAUGAGGCGCUAAAUGCAAAUAUAGCUGGGUGACGAGUUUCUUCCUGUUCUGAUAUAUGUGACCAAGGGGUCUCCAGGAAGCUGGGCACAGCUAACACUCCCAACAGUGAGAGCUGAAAGGGUGUAAGUUGAAGAACCAAAGAAGCUUAUUGUUUGGUUUGGAUUUUGGUUUUUGGUUCUGUAACUGAACCUGGGGCAGAUCACUGAGGGCUACCACUGACAUUUCCCUAAAGCCCAUAGUGGACUUUUUGAUCUUUUCCACCAGCUGGCUGAAUUUGGUGUCUCUGUAUACUUUUAAAUUUUACAUCUGUAUAUUUUAUUGAGAUAAAAUUCAUUAAUGUUACAGUCAGCACUAUUGAUUUAAAACACACAACUGGAAUUUGUACAUUUUUAGUGAGAUAUAACUAUCACCACUGUGUAGUUCCAGAACAUUCAUCACCCCAGAAAGAAACCAGGUGCCCCAAAGCAGUGCUUCUCUUCUGAUUAUCACUGGCCACGUUCUCUAAGGUUUUGCCUGUUCUGGAUGUAGCACAGACGCAGAAUCACGUGAACUGUCACCUCUUAGGCUUGGCCACUUCACCUAGUGUAGCACUUUCAAGACUCGUCCAUGCAGCCACUAUGAGUGCUUCAUUUCUUUCCAAGUCUAAACAGCAUUCCAUUGUAUGGACAGAGCACAUUCACAGAUUAAUUUCUGUGGAAAAUUCGAAUGUUUCCCCCAGGGGCAGCACAACCUUAUAUUCCCACCAACCUUGUUCAAAAGCUCCAACUCUCCACAAUUUCUCAACGUUAUUGUUCUCCUUUUUACAAAAACUACAGCCUGCUAGUGUGUUGGAAGGGCUAUGUUACUGCGGUUUUCAUUUGCACUGAGACAACAGUUCAGAAUGAUGAAAAUGUUUUCAUGUGGUUAUUGGAUGUUUGCAUAUCUUCUUCUGAUGCAUUUUCUUCAAUCUUAUGAUCAUGUACUAAUUGGGCCAAUUGGGAUAGUUUUAUAAUUUGAAAAGGACGGUUUGCUCUUUAAGCUGAAUGGUAGAGCCUUAUCAUGUCUAUAAUAGGCAAAUGUUUUCUCCAGUGCAGUAGAUUUCUC